UAAAGGCGGCGCAUCGACGAACAUCUUCAGUGACUGUAACUUCUCUUCAGCUCUCAACUUUACAAAAACUUUUAGUUAGACAUUUUUUUUUACACUUUACACCGAGUAGAUGCCGAGCAUCGGCUCCCCGGCUGGAUCCGAAGGGAUGUUCUCCAAACUGAUUGACGAGGAGGCGUUAGACCGCAGUCCAGAUGUGCAUCGGAACGCCCACCCGGUGAGACUCCUGAUGACCGGCGGGCCCGGGAAGUACCGCCUCGCCACCAUCUGCUUGGCUACGCUGUGCGGCGUCCUGCUGAUCUCCAUCAUUGCCGUCAGCGCACACUACAAGAAUAAAGCAGCAGGUGGCGCUGCAGUGCAGGAUGUGGACGCUCUGAGCGCCACCAUCAGCAAGCUGCAGCAGGAAAAGGCGGAGUUGCAGAGCAAACUGGCCGCCGAGACCGCAGCUGCAGGUAGAGGGCGCCACACGGGGUCGCCCGGCGUGAACGUGGAGGUGUCUCAGUCUACGGUCCCCGCCAGAACGCGGGCGACGCCGGCGCCCAUCGUCUGUCCGAUGGAGUGGCUCCUCUUCAACGGCAGCUGCUACUUCAUCUCUCGGCUGUUCAGGCACUGGCCGCAGAGCCAGUCCUACUGCGAGAGCAAAGGAGCUCACCUGGCCAUCAUCCAAACAGCUGAGGAGCAGACGUUCCUGUGGGAUCAACUUCCCAGAGGCCACUGGAACGCAUACUGGUUCGGAAUCACUGACGGCCACACAGAGGACAAGUGGACCUGGGUGGAUGGGACGCCGCUAGUGGGAGGCUUCUGGGAGGAGGGAGAGCCCAACAACCACAUCGACGAGGACUGCGGCUACAUGGUGAAGACCCGGGUCCUGGAGCGGGUGGCGAUCCGAAGCUGGUACGACGCCGCCUGUGACAUGUACCGGCCCUUCAUCUGCGAGAUGGAGAUGGGCGGAGCUCGCAGCACCGCCCUGCCACACUGAGAGGGGAGGGGUCGUGGAACUGUAUCACGUGGAAACACAAUUUAGAUUGCGGAAAAUAGCCUUAAUGCUGUGAUGUUGGAAGUGUUGGAAUGGGUUGAAUAAUGUAGGAAAAUGACAUUUAAUGGGAAUUUACGGUUCGGAAAAUGUGAAAUCUGAUAUUUUUGGCACAUGGAAAAUAAUUAGCCUAAAUGUUUUGAUGUUGAAAGUAAAUGUUUUAUUACAAUACUGUAACUAUUCUUUAGAAAUCACACCGUUUUUGAAUGUUUAAUACGAGCUGCGAUUUGUCCUACUUUUUUGACGGUUAUCGAACGCAGCAUCUACCGUUCUCCGAUGUAUGGUUGUAUUUUGAUGUAUUUCCCCCCUUUUUCUUUCAUCUCAUAUUUGCUCCCGAAUGCUGAUACUAUGCGGGAAUGCAUUAAGGUAAGAUUUGAUGACUCUGAGUGCUAAUGUGCAUCAUUGUGGUAGUUCCAUGCUAAAUGGCUAACGCUAGCAAAACACCGAAGUUCAGCCACGGUUAUCACAUUGACAGCCCGUCAAUAGCAGCUGGAACUCCAAUUUAGCCGGCAGUUCAAUGCCAAAAUCAUCAGAGAGAUGUAAAAAUGUUAAAACCACUGGUUAGUUGGGACACUUUUAUGCCAAGGUAGCACUGUAUAUGACAAUAAUAAUAAAAAACAAUACCUGCACUGCUCCAGUCUCCGGCAGGCCAUGUAAUCCGUGAAGUCAAAACACAGCGACAGUAGAUCCAAACGGCUUUGAAGCUAACUCUACCAAUGUCAAUACUCUUUUCUUUCUCCAUUUCGGCUCAAUAUUAGUUUUAGCUUGUGGCUACAGUUACCACACGUCAAUCAAACUACGGUGUGGGCCGAGGGUCAAACAGGAGGAGCGCACGUCGAAAUAAAUUACCGCCUUAAAAGGGAACUUCCGUUAAGGUGUCAUUAAUGCGUUAAAUUAGUCAUAAUUUGUGUUUAUAAUAUAUGUAUAACAAGGCCCUGGCAUGCCGUAUGAUAGAAGUUUGGACACACCUUCCCUCCUGAGACUUGCCGCACAGGCCUAUGCUGUUGCUCUUCUUAGCCAGCAGGGGGCGGUAAAAGCAGCCAGCGGCUCCAUCAGUGUGAAGGCCAGAGAGGUCACACAAGAGAGAUGAAGAUGAAGACAUGUCACCCCGUGCAUCUUAGUGGGACAGACAUGUCCACACUUGAUUUGCUUUGCAACUUGGUCCAAUUUCUUGUCUUACUUUACCCACUUUGACCUUGAGUGCCAACUGACCUUGAGGAAAUGCCCACUUCCUGUCGUUUGCGUGCCGGCUUGCAUUCAACUGGGACUUCCUCCCAAACGUUUGACUGUAUUUGUCCGGCAGGGACAACUAGGUGAAACGGUUCUACCUCCAACAUGGCCGCCGCUAGCAAUGCAUUUAGGUCCUUAGCGGUAAAGUUAAGGUUUGAUUCCUGAUCCACUUCGCUGUGUGUCAGGAGUGACGCACGUUUCGCCCCGCCUGCUCUAAUUCCCUAACGAGAUUGCUGGUCCCCGGAUAUCCCAUUAGACCCUGAUUAAGUGAGCUCAGCUCGUUAGCACUGACAAAUUGACACCCACCUCCCACCAAGCAAUAAUGCUCCCAGACGCGCCAUCAAAAAGUGGGCGCCCCCCUAAUGUCUGCAAUAUGUGCAGCGUGAUAUUAUUAAAAGUCCUAAAUCGAGCCCCGGGGGUCUGUACGGGAUCUGUCCUGUGAUGGAUAGCUGAUUAAUCCAGGGGGUCCCCCGCCUUUCACC